AAGAAGGAGGAGAAGAAGAAGAAGGAGGAGAAGAGGACUGCAGUAUUUUCGUGGGGGUUGAGGACAGAUCGGACCCCGAUGGAACCCGUUGAUAAUCAGCGACUCGGAUGAAGGCACGCGCCCGGCGGACAUGGGACCAGAGCGGGCCAAUUAGGCGCGGAGUUACGGAGCCGCCACGGGAGCGGAGGGACUGGCGGAGGUGCUGACGCGCCCGGUGCCUGGCCAGAGUGUGUUUGUGUGAGUGUGUGUGUGUGUGUGUGUGUGUGUGUGUGUGUGUGUUUGUGUGUGUGUGCGUGUGCUUGUGUAUUUGAGUUGGAACCCUAAAGUGAACUUGUGAAAGAAUUUAAACGGGAUACUGACACAGAGAGAGAGCAAGAGGAGACCUGUCGUGUACCAGCAGCAACAUGCAGGGUCUGAGCUCUCGCGCUCACGCGUUUUCGGUGGAGGCGCUGGUCGGUAAACCCUGUAAACGGAGGAAGACCUCGGCACGACCGGACGUUGCGGGGGUCAACGCGGAGGUCAGCGGCGACGCCGACACGUUCACUAGUGAGACCGGUUCCAACGGUCCUCUGCAGUUUCCUUCGAACCAGAGUAAAAGUGCUGCCGGGACACCACAGGGACAAAAGGACUCGGAACUCGGGAGAGAAGGUCGCAAAAUCAGGGUCGGGGAUGAAACGUCGUGCGGAGAGGCCCAGAGGUCGGGGCAGAGCGGGGACCCGCGGGUCGACCUGCAGGGCUCAGAGCUCUGGAACCGCUUCUAUGAGAUCGGCACUGAGAUGAUCAUCACCAAAGCUGGCAGGAGAAUGUUCCCGUCGGUACGGGUCAAGGUGCGAAACCUCGACCCCUGUCAGCAAUACUACAUCGCCAUGGACGUGAUGCCCGUGGACUCUAAACGCUACAGGUACGUCUAUCACAGCUCGCAGUGGAUGGUGGCGGGAAACACGGACCACUCGUGCAUCUCCCCGCGCCUCUACGUGCACCCGGACUCGCCGUGCGCGGGAGAGACAUGGAUGCGUCAGGUGAUCAGCUUCGACCGCGUGAAACUGACGAACAACGAGAUGGACGACAAGGGACACGUCAUUCUUCAGUCCAUGCACAAGUACAAGCCCCGUGUGCACGUGAUACGACACGACCCGCGCGCGGACCUGUCUCAGAUGCAGACGCUACCUGCCGAGGGGGUGCACAGCUUCUCCUUCCCCGAGACCGAGUUCACCACGGUGACGGCCUAUCAGAACCAACAGAUAACUAAGCUGAAGAUCGACAGGAACCCGUUCGCCAAGGGCUUCAGAGAUCCAGGGAGGAACAGGGGGGUGUUAGACGGACUGUUGGAGUCCUAUCCUUGGAGAGGUCCUCUGAAUUUGGACUUUAAACCUUUUACACUUCAGCUCCACGGAAGUCCCCAUUCCCUGGGCAGCAGCGGCUCCUCUCUGAAGUCCCUCCUCCCCCUCUCCCCCCCUCCGUCUCACCCCUUCUGCCUCUCCUCGCUGGGCCACCAGGACGCCGGUCUGCACGCGCUCAGUCUGCCCCUCUACGGGAAGAGCUCCGGCGGGCCCCUCCUCCUCCCCCCGCUGGCCGGCCGAGGCUUCUCCUCCCUGGGCCCCGACCGGCUGAGAGCCCUCCCCCACUUCUCCCCGCUGGCCGACCUCUCGUUCCUCUCGGCCCUGCAGGCCAAGAAGGCAGCCCACUGUAAGGACCCCCAUCUCCAGGGGCCCCCCCCCGGGACCUCCUCCUGUCUCGUUCCUCUGCAGGGCCCCUUCGGCCCCCGGGGGCCCGGGUCCGCCUCGCUCGCCCCCCACCUCGGGGACCCCCCCGGGCCCUACUGUGUGUACCGCUACAGCCUCCCCCUCGGGCCGCACUUCGCCGCGCUGUCCUGCCACGGCGUGCUGGCCCAGGACGCCGCCGACCGUCUGCUGCGACGGUCGCCAUGGCUACCGGCGGCCGCCAACCAGUGCCUCUGACGGUCGAGGCCGCAGCAGUGACCCGGCCGUGCCACGCAGCAGCCAGAUUAUUUCCACGGGGGGGGAAGAAAAAAAAAGACUAAAAGACUUCCUUAAAAAGACGGAUUAUCCAACGCUAAGAAAUAAAGAAGGGUGAGAGGAUGAAGGUAAAUGCAUUCGACAAAGCUCUUGAUGGGUGACGUUUUGGACUCCUAGACACUCAACUAGAGCAAAUACACUUUACCUGAAAUAAUAAAACACACCUGGGAUUAAUAAGAGUGUGUAUGGGGGGGCGGGGGUAUUAUGAUGAAACAGGACUUGGGACUGAGUGCAGUGUCUUUAAGGUUUGCUGAUAAUACAGUCAUUGCCAGAAGCUGUUAAAGGGACCUGAAACACCAUCCGCCGUGAGAUAUACACAAUGACGUCACUCUUGAGGAACAGAGGAAUUUCUGUGUAACUUUCCCACAGUGCCUAUAUGUUUGUUACAGUUUGUAAUUCUUUGCUUAGCUGACACCGUGGCCAAUUGUUUUGUUGAAAAGUUAUUCGCCGACCUGCUCACCCAUCGCUGACCAUUCAUGAACAAAAUGCGUUUCGUAAAUAGUGAUCAUUUUACACAUGUAAUUCAUUUCAUUACAUUUUCUUAAAGAAAAAUAAAGCCAUCUUUAUA